AUGGGGCGCAAGGAUUGUGUAUACCGUUGUCUUAAAAAAAGGAAACGUGAUAAUUCUGCAGCCUUAAAGAAAGCAACAGAAGUGAGCUUUGUUCUAAAAACUUCGGACAGCAACACAACUGAAGCAAAACUUGACCUUAAUGCUAGGGUGGUAUCAGGUUCAAACAUUACGGGAAUUGGUCUAUCAAACCUUAAUGAGAUCACUGCUUCGAUGGAUUUGCCAACAAUGCCAUUUCGUUUAUACAGUAAAAAACACGACGCUAUUUCUGACAUGUGGAAGGCUGCUGCUAAAGAAACUAUAGUAAAUGCUGCUAAACAGGAAAUGGAGGCGGCAAAAUCACGAGGCGAUAUUAAUAAUGCGGGUAUAGCCUCAUGGCUACCUCAUGGAUACCGGAGACAUGCAAAAAAUACUCGAGAAGUAAUAGCACGUGCAGGUAGUACUCGCAAAAAAAAUAAUUUUAAUCCUGUAGAUGCUCAUUAUGGAGAAGAAUAUGAAAGACCGGAUAUGGAAGUUGCAGAUUAUGAGCGAGGAAAACAACUGUUUUUGAACAAUUUAAAGGAACAAGUGUUAAACCGCCAUGGAAAUGAGAGAGCUACUGUAUUACAGGCUGAAAGCUCUUUGUGGCUCGAACUUAGAAGGUGUAUACUUACUGCGUCCUUCUUUGACGAAGAAUAUUUUUAUUUAGGCGCAACACCAGAUGAAUUGUGCACUGAAGAAUUAGUGGAAGUGAAAUAUCCAAGCUCACUUUUUGGAACAGAUCCUGAUACCGCUUUGCAAGCUAAAAAUCUGAAAUGUUUCAAAGUGAACAGCCAAUCUGAAAUCGAGAUGAACAAAAAUCACGACUGGUACUACCAGGUUCAGGGCCAGCUGCACCUAGCGAAAAAAGACAUAUGUGUAUUUGCUGUAUGGACUGGGCCUGAUUUUCGAUUGAAAGUAGUAAGAGUAAAGAAAGAUGACGUUUUUUGGCAGGAGAAAAUGCUACCCAAAUUGACUCGGCGAUAUGAUUGGCUCAAAGCUGUCGGGCGCGAGGAUCUCCUUCCAACGCUUGUUGAUUAUAAAACGAGACAACAAUACAGAAUAUGUGAGGAUCACUUCGAAAGAAACUGUAUAAAGUUUUCUAAAAAUGGAACUGUAAAAUAUUUGUUUGAUUAUGCUUUUCCAACACUCAAAUUGCUGUCGAAAGAAAGUGCAAGUUCCAGCUCUGUACAAGAAAAUACUUUUCCAACGGUUAAUUUGCCAUUAAAUACGAGUGUAAAUUUAAAUCAAUUUGAGAAUGUCUCUGUACAAGAAUAUCAGCCUUCAACGAGUCCCACAACAUCACAGCAAAACGAUUCGCAGAAAAAAAGAAAGGUGGCCUUACCCGAGGCUAAAACCAUCAUCGCCAAUGUGUACGACUUCCUCCAAGCCGAGUAUGAGAACUUAAAGAGUUACACCGGAGGCAGCUGUGACUUCAGCCCUCUAGCUAACAUCGUCAAGCGUACUGCUGCAGCCACGAGGGUCAGUGAAGCCACCGUAAAAGAGAUUUUAGAGGAAAGAAGCUCAGAGGAGUAUGCGCGUGAGUCUGUUUCAAGGAAACGCGCCAAAGUGACUCACGACUUUGAGGACGAAGAUGUAAGUACGAUCGAAGAAGACUCAGGUGGUGAAAGCGCAGAUGAUGCUCAACAUGGUGACGGAGAGAGUAACAUCGACAUAGAGGAACAUCCAAUAGAAACGUUAAAGGUGGAAAUUGACGAUAGCGAAGAAUAUCACAGCGAAGCCAAUCACGGAAUUUUGUUUCAAAUACAGCCUCUAUCAACGCAGCAGCUGUCUGCCAUUCAUCAGUCAUUACCGCCAACGGCUCCAGCACACGUCACGGUUAAACAAGAGCCUGUACAUGACGAGGAUCAUGAACAACUGGAUGCUGGUGAUGCUGUAAAGGACACAACCAGUUUUGACGUUCCAAUAUGCGAGUCAACGUCUGCUGUUCACCAUUUGUUGCGUUCCAACCUUGAAGCCACGUCAGAACCAACAAAAAGCGUGGACCAACAUAUGGAGUUUUCUACAACAUCUACAUCACAAGCUGGGAGGCAACCCGAUUGA